AUGCCGAGACGUGGAGCACUACGAGAGCGGGAACUGGCACAUGUCCAGCUCCGCGGCCCGGGAGGGCGUGCCACCGAGCACGCGCUCUGCCUCUGGAUCACGUCCGUUGUGACGUCUCGGCACCCGCGAGUCACUUCGCUGGGCCAGCUCGCCGACUCAAUGGCACUGGCCCAGACCACGGCUCAACUCAUCCCAUCGUACAAGGUCUUCUACGUCCAUGGGAAUGGGAGGGAGUUUCCACUCUCCGUCCCUCCCGUGGGUGCCCGGGCCGCUCGUCGCAACCUUCGCCUCCUGGCUGAUCUCUGGGACGAGUACACCGGCUCGUUCACAGCCACAGCUCCCUUUCCGCCGCCCUCGCAUCCGCUCGCCCACUCGGUCCCUACCUCGGCUACGAACUCGAUCACCGACUACUCGUCAUCAUCGCCGUCGUCAUCUGCCUCCAGUGACGACAACAGCGACAUCAAGCCGCAGACCCGUCGCAAGCCAAAGCCCAGCUCCAAGCCCAGCUCCAAGCCCGGUUCCAAGUCCAAGUCCAAGUCUAGGUCCAGCGCCAAGCACACCACCAAAUCCAAGCGCGCCAACAAAGCAUCAGGCUCCUCACUGAGAGGAUCCUCGAAGCAGCCUGUCAAGCCGGACAAGCCAGACAAGUCGGAUGAGUCCAAGCAGCGGAAGCGGAGCCGCAAGGGCAAGCACCGCCCCCGUCGCUCGCAGCGCAUCCUGCGCCUCCUGCCCCUUCCGACCUUGCCGCCGCUCGACGUCGAGCCACACGCAGUUGCCGCCGGUGAGCCACGCGCCGUUGCCGCUGCCGUAUUUGGCAUAGCCAUGCGCCACUACGCCACGUCGCUCCCGAUCCCGCUGGCGCCGAACCUCGCCCACGACGCCGCGCUGGCUGACGCCUUUAUGGUCGGCGUCGCCGCGUUUAUCUCGGACCUGAUAUCCGACGCACUACCUGUGCUCGCUGAUGCUGGCAUUCCACCGCCUACCUUGCCACUGGUUGACACCGGGCGUGCGGUCGCUGACGGCGGUGCGCUGCUAGCGCUCAUUGUUGCCGCCCCCGGCUCGGCAGCCUCGCUCGAUCUUGCCGCUGUCGCCACCGCCGAGCCGCACCGCCGGGUUGGCAUGGCGCUCAAGACUGCCUUUGACACCUGGUCCGUCCCUGCCCUCCUCCGUUCUGCCGACUGGCUCGCUGCCUCGGCCCCGCUCGUCAACGCUCUCUACCUCUGCAUGGUUGCCGAGUUGGCGUUUGGCGCCCCACCACACCUGCAUCCUGCUGACGUUGUCGCCUUUGCCGCCCUUCGGACCGAGGUCGAUGCCCUCCGUGCUGCUGCCUCUGACCCGACUUUGGCCGACGGCUCGGAGCCAGGCUCCGAGCCCGAGCCGGAGCCGGGGCCGCCGGAGCGCAUCAGCCCUGUCGUCCGCACCCUCGAUGACCUCGCAUCGCAGCUCCGAUCCAAGGCUCUCAGCGGCCUCGGCGCCCGUGCUCCGCCCUCGGUCCGGAGGCUCUUGGCCUUGGAGUCGCAAGUUACCACCGCCAAGCUCCGCAUGAUGCUCGCUGUUGCCGAGGGUGUUGCCGGCAAAGCCGUCGUUCGCGAUGCUCUCGCGGCUGCCGCUGAAUCCGCCGCUCUUACUGAUGACUCUAAGCCGCGAGGCGGCGGGGGCAAAACCUCGACCCAAAAAGCCGCCCGCUCCCGAUCGGGUGGGCCUGCGACUCCAGCCGCACCACCCGAGAUCAGCGAUACCGCCGCGGCCCGAUUUCGUGCCGCAAGUCUUGUGUCAUCGUUUGCCGCUGUCGAGCCGCUUGCGCUGCAAACUGUUCAGCUCAGCCGUGCUGCCCACCACCUCGCCACCCGGGUGGCCGAUGCCGAGACGCGGACGGCUCGGCUGACGGGCGUCCUCGCGACGCGCGCUCACGCCACGGCGCCGCUCGAGCAGCAGCUCUCGCGCGUUCUUGGUCGCCACACCUGCUUUGUCACUGCCGCGCCCUCACCCGGCACCCGCUCGCCCAAGGAGACUGCGCAAGCCGCGCAGGGCCGCGUCAUGGCGCGGUCGGCAUCGGGCUCACUCACUGUUGUCGCCCUCGAGGUCAUUGGCGCCGCUCCGCUCCUUGCCGCCUUUGGCGAUGUCAUGCACGAGGCGCUUGCCACGCUCGAGGUCCACAUCGACCGCCUCCGCCGCCUCUUGCACGGCCAGCUCGAGGCUGCAUCCGGCCCGUACUACACUCUCUCCUUCUCACACCCCGGCGCUGCUGUCGUCUUUGCCCUCCGACUUCAUACCGCCCUCACGACCGCUACGUGGCCGCCCCCGAUUGCUGACGUGGCCAAUCCGUUCACGGCACCAGCUGGCCCAAGCGAUGCCCGUGGCCAGCUUUGGGUAGCUGCCGGCAUUGCUGACGGCUCUGUUACGCUCGCCCACACACAGGCGACAGGCGUUGCUUCCAUCGGCGGCGAGACCGUAGCCGCUGCUGUUGCGCUCCGCGAUGCCGCGCCCGGUGGCGCCACCUUUGUCACCGAAGCGCUCUCACUCCAACUGGCAACGCUUGCGCACACCGCUGCACGCGAGACGUCCUCGCCAGCCCAAGCGCCGUCGCGCCCACCGGCGCAGUCGAAGUCCGGUGCUCGAGGCAAGCCAGGCCGCCGCAGUGAUCGUGGAUCACCGUCGCUCAAAGGCGGCUCGCGCUCGCGCGCGUCGCUUGCGCCCAAGCCUUCCAAGAGCCAGGUCGGUUUUACCGGUCCCGAGCGCGAGGAGCUCGCCGCCGCCGAGCUCGCGGUCGACCUCGCCGCGGCGAGCGUGCCUGGCGUCGGUCCGGUUUUUUCUCUCGCCGCUGCCAAGGCGCGUGUCCACGACGACGCACGAACCAGCGCCAUCGCCGCCUCGCCCCACCUCUGGCGCGAGGCAUGGACACUACUCCGCGCCCGCCACACACCACGCGACUCGGAUGUCAACCUAACCGAGACCCUCAAGGCUGCGACUGUCGCCGUCGAGUCCGACCUCGCCGCCGCCCGCGCCCGCCUUGCCGACCUCCGCACCCGCAUCGCCGAUCUCGAGACUAGCCUCGGCGACUGGCUGGACGUCACCGAGCCUGACCCGCCCGUUGACUCUGAUCUCCUCUCCGGCGAGCCCGACCCCUCGCUUGUCCGGGCCCAGCUCUGGGUCGGUCGCACUCGUGUCGCACUUUCACGGCUUCGCGGCGAGCUCGACGACUUCCAGGCGCUCCCGCCGCACACGCUCUCUGCCCUGCAGCGCACCCCGCCUGCGGUCCCAGACCCGCCGCCGCCGCGCCGCGCUCCGCCAGUGCCCAUGCGCCGCCGCAAGGGCGCACGCGUCCGCCUCUCCCCGAUCAAACCUGUUGACUAG